AGCCAGUGCAGGGCCCGAGUCCGCCGCGCCCCGGGCAGCCGCCCCCGCGGGAGCGGUGGGGCCGCCGGCGCGGGCGGGGCGCAUAUGGGUGCUGGGCGUGGCCCGGAGCCAGACUUCGGGAGCUCAGCAGCGGUGGCCCCGGCAGUUGGCGCAGCGCUGACCUGACGCCUGCUGUCCAGCAGUUCGAACCGCCCAGCCCUGGCGGUCUGGCAGCUCGAGCCGCCCGCGGGCAGGGUACAGCGAGCCGCGGGGGCACAGCGACGAAUUGGUGGCCGGCCGGGCCUCUGCCGCGGCCUGCUGCUGCUGAGCUCUGCGCUUCGUGGCAGUGGCGUGCCCCGCGGUGGCUCCGGGGCCGCUGGCGCCCCUGGCCGAGGCGGCGGCGAGGCUGCUGACGGAGCGGGGGGAGACCGUCGCCGUGUUCGACGCGACCGCCGGCGGCUUGAUCCAGGCGGCGCUGCUCGCGCGCCCCGGCGCCUCCAAGUACGCCGCGUGUGCGGCGAACACGAUCAGCACGCGGCGCUCCGCGCAGCUCCUCGGGGAGCCGCUGGUGGCCGAGCUCUCGACCAGCAGGCCCACGGACGCCGCAUCCUACAGAGCGUCGAAGAGAGCUUCGGUGGCAGCAAUCGCGCGGAGCAUGCGCGCCGCGGUUGGUACGACGUGGGUCGUGGCUGAGAGUGGCGCGUGUGGGCCGACGUUCGCUCACUCGGGCAUCGAGCACGGCUUCACCGCGCUGUUCGUCUCUGGGCCUGUGGAGCGUGCCGCCUGGGUGGAGUCGGACCACGCCGAAAGGGAGGCCAACAUGUGGGGCUUCGCGAAGGCGGCGCUGGACCUGCUGGCAGCGUGCCUCAGCGGCAGCGCCGCCGCCGGGCAGCCCGCGUCGCCGCAGAGCGGCAUCUUCGAGGGCCGGGAGGACCGCUUCGGGGGCGUCACCGUCGAUGUCGCGGCGGAUUGCGCAGCAACCACUGAAGCCUUCGCCGGGGAAUUGCGCAGCCGCCUGGCCGAGUGGGCGUCGGCGGGCAAGCGGGGCAUUUGGUUUAAGGUGCCGCUCUCUUGCGCCCGAUUGGUCUUGCCGCUGAGCUCCGAAGGCUUCAAGUUCCACCACGCCAAGGAAGAGCACGUCAUGCUUUCGCGCUGGCUAGAGGCCAGCCCUUGCAAGCUGCCGCGCUACAGCUUCACCCUGCUUGGAGUGGGCGGCGCCGUGGUAAACUCGAGAAACGAGGUGCUCAUGGUCCAGGAGCGCUUGGUGGCCAACGCAAAGUUUCAGGGCCUCUGGAAACUGCCUGGUGGUCUCGCCGACCCUGGGGAGGACUUGGCGGUUGCUGCGGGUCGAGAGGUGUUGGAGGAGACUGGUAUAAAAACCGAGCCAGUGGGCGUCGUAUCCAUCAGGCACGCCCACGGUCUUGCUUUCGGUCAGGGCGACAUCUAUUGUGUGCUCAGGCUGCGGCCUCUCAGCGAGGAUAUCAAGAUCGACCCAGAGGAGAUCGCAAGCGCGCGCUGGAUGUCGCUUCAGGAGAUCGAGAAGCGAGUCCCCGCCGACGACGUGAAGACUAUGGCAGACUGCGUUUCCAAGGGGACCUUCACUGUGAUCUCACAGGCAGUGCACGGCGCUCUGAUCCAUGGUGCGCUUGUUCCGAGCACGGCUGGGAAGAGCGUGGUUAUGUACACUGCAGCUGGGAAGUCGGAUGCGGCAUGAUGUGUGCCAUGAAUUGUCGUAUCCCCAG